AUGUAUGUUUAUGGCGAGCAAGAUAUACCGGACGAUUCUCUAAUAGAUGAAGAAGAGACUUUUGCAGAAGAUGGAGGGUUCAAUUUGUCCGACGGGGAACAUUUUGAGUCAUAUUCACCAGAACCAGAGCCUCUUACUUUAAAUUAUGAAAGAGAAUCCUCUUCUGAAGACAACAGUACUGCAUCGCCAGAAGAGUCGUUAUCGGCUGUUAAUGAAUCAGACUCGAACAAACAUUAUCAACCAAAUUAUGGGCGUAAAAAUGCACAGUUUACCCCUAGGUGUUGGAGGUUGCUUAUUGAAUUGAUACGGGAUACUAUGGAAACAUCGAAUAUAACCUUUGAGGAUGCAAGAGAAUCCCUUUGGAAAUCAAGGCGUGUGCCAAAGGUAUUUCAGAAACUAAUUGUUCAGUUUCGAGUCGAAAUACCAGCUAUAACCAGAAGGACUCUACAUCGUCAUCUUCGUGGAUAUUUUCAAGUUCCUGGUUUUUCACAAUUUGGCUAUGUGGAUUCAAAUAAAUUUGGAACUUGGGGUGUCAAAGAAGCAGAAUCGGUUGAGACUCAUAUGACUCGUUUCCAAGAGGAAAGAAACCUUACGAAACAUGAGCUUAGUGAGUUGAUAUGGGGUAACAAUUAUACAACGGAAAUCGACCAGCUGUAUAAUACAAUAGUGGAUGAUCUUGAACGAGACAAAAGAAGUGUUCAAGCAUUUGUUCGUCGAAAGUAUUACCCUUUUUUACAUAGAAACUCUUGGACGAUAGAGGAAGACGAACGUCUGAAAAGUCUUGUAAAGACUCAUGGUAAAUUAUGGUCGAAAAUUGGUAAAAUUCUCAACCGACGUCCCAUGCAAUGUCGAGAUCAUUGGCGAGACUAUAUUCAGUGUGGAAGUGUUCGCCAUUUUCCUUGGACGAAUGAUGAGUCAAAAAGACUCUUAGAUUUCGUAUGGGAACAAAGAGAAGAACGUCCUCUAAUGUCGAUACAAUGGGAACUUAUUGCGAAAAAGCUCAAAAACAGACAUAGACAUCAUUGUAAAUUGAGAUUCUAUUCCCUUCUCAAAAGUACUUCUAAUGACGAGCUUUUGUUUUACCCGGGUGAUAAUAUGUGGAUGAUACAAAGGAUUAAAGAAAUGGGUGUAGAAAAAGAAGAACAUAUUGAUUGGAAUCAAUUAUCAGAACUUUCGGGCCGAUUUUGGACUUCGAGCGCUUGCUCGAAGCAAUUCAAACAUAUUAAAAAAUGCUUAUUUUUGCAAGAUGAAGACGCAUUUUCUGUUUUGAUUCAUCAUUUACUAGACUCAUUUCAAUGUGUCGAGUCUAAAUAUCUGCCUUCUCAUCUAUACAUGAACCAAAAUGCUUCUUUUCCUGAUUCUUCUAAUGCUUGA